UGUGUGUUGGCAGUUGGCACUAUUAGCACAUUGGCAGCAUUGAUUGAAACGACAGGCAAAAAGACACAUGUUAGGAUCUAACCUCAAUAUUUUUUUUGCCUUGUUAUUUUAAUUAGUCUAAAUUUGUUUUUGUAAAUACAUUUAAAAAUGUCGUGGAUAUUUGGUUAUGGAAAAAAUAAGGACCAAGCACCUGAUUUGUCACAAUUAGGUUUGGGUGUACCGGAUGGAGCUGGUGCAGGAGGCUCCGGGGGAGAUAGUCAAGAGCCCCCCAAUUUAACUAAAGCAGAAAGGAGAGCUAUGGAAGCCUACAGAUUCGAUUCCACAGCGUUAGAAAGAGCUGCACAGUCUGCAAGGGAACUGGAAAAAUCAAAAUAUGCUAAGGAUGCCUUAGAAUUGUCUAAACUUCAAGAACAGACUAGACAGGUAGAACAGCAGGCUAAGAUAAAAGAGUAUGAGGCUCAUAUUUCCCAGAUGCAAAUUGAAGCAAAGAGGGCUGAAGCUGAAGAAAGGAGAAAACUUUUGCAAGAAGAAACUAAGCAACAUCAAAAUAGAGCUCAAUACCAAGACCAAUUGGCAAGAAAAAGAUAUGAAGAUCAACUUGUUCAGCAGCAAAGAAUGAAUGAUGAAAAUCUCAGAAGACAAGAAGAAUCUGUAGCUAAACAAGAAGCAAUGAGGAAGGCAACCAUUGAACAUGAGAUGGAACUUAGACAUAAAAAUGAAAUGAAGAAAGUAGAAGCUGAACUAAAAGCAAAAGCAAAAAUUGAUAGAGAAAAUCGGGACAUAACUUUAGAACAAAUUAGAUUGAAGGCUGAACAGAAUAGAAUCACUGUUUUGGAAAGUAUAAAGACAGCAGGCUCAGUUAUAGGGGCUGGAGCUCAAACUCUUUUGACAGAUUGGAAUAAGGUUCUAACAGCAGCUGGUGGUUUGUCACUAUUAGCACUUGGUGUAUAUUCUGCCAAAGGAGCUACCUCUAUCACUGCCAGAUAUAUUGAAUCUAGAUUAGGAAAACCUUCACUGGUAAGAGAAACUUCAAGAUUUUCUGUAUUAGAAGGUUUAAAACAUCCCAUAAAAACCAUUAAGAGCCUCAAAAAUACAGAAACUGAUGCUCUAUCGGGCAUCAUUUUAGCACCAAAACUAGAAGGAAGAUUGAGGGAUGUUGCCAUAGCUACAAAAAAUACCAAACAAAAUAAAGGAUUGUAUAGAAAUAUUCUUAUGCAUGGGCCACCUGGUACUGGAAAAACUAUGUUUGCAAAGAAACUUGCCAAACAUUCUGGAAUGGAUUAUGCCAUUUUAACAGGAGGUGAUAUUGCCCCAAUGGGUAGAGACGGUGUUACGGCAAUUCAUAAAGUUUUUGAUUGGGCAAAUAAUUCAAGAAAAGGUCUAAUCCUCUUCGUCGAUGAAGCCGAUGCAUUCCUCCGCAAAAGAUCGUCUGAAAACAUUUCAGAAGACCUAAGAGCAACCUUAAAUGCCUUCUUAUACCGCACAGGUGAACAAAGUCCGAAGUUCAUGUUAGUUUUAGCCUCGAAUACGCCCGAACAGUUUGAUUGGGCUGUUAAUGAUCGUUUAGAUGAAAUGGUGGAAUUUGAUUUACCUGGAUUGGAAGAAAGGGAGCGUUUGAUUAGGUUAUAUUUCCAAAAAUUCGUUUUGGAACCAGCUACAGAAGGAGUUAGGAGGUUGAAAGUUGACAACUUCGACUACAGCGCACUGUGCAGCAAAAUGGCGCGAAUGACUGAGGGUAUGUCAGGUAGAGAAAUAGCAAAACUAGGAGUAUCUUGGCAGGCAGCUGCUUAUUCUUCUCAAGAUGGAAUACUCACAGAAAAAAUGGUAAUAGAUAAAGUUAUAGACCAUGUCAAACAGCACAGACAGAAGGUGGAGUGGCAAUCUGAACAAGAGAGGAGAGAAUCUAAGAGUAUAUACCACUCGGAAAAGGAAGAUUCUUACAUCCCUGCUGGUAUAAAAGUCGAUCCGGUAAAAAGUAAAGUACAAGAGGACAUAGAAAAUAACCUAAAAAUUAAAGUAGAAAACAAAGUAACAGAUGAUGUUAAAAUUGAUGUUGAUAGUAGUAAAAGUGAAGAUUCAAGAACACCAGAUGUUACAAAAGUACAAACAAGUAAACCAAAAACUGAGGAUAAGAGCUAAAUUUGAAUGUUUUAUAGUUCAUGUAUAGUUAAAAAAUUAGGUACUAAGUCAAACGAAAAUCUGUUUCUUUUUACCUCGUUUGAUUUGUGCUAUCUACCAAACUGAUUUUUAUUAAAAGGGUAUAAAUAAAAGUGUAAUUCCUUAAAAAAAUUGGCUAAAUUGAAAAUUGUUUUUGAAAAUUAUUUAAUCGUCAUAAUGUUAUGUAAUUAUUAACUACAGUGGAUGUUGAUUAAUUAAGCAAAAUGUAAAAGGUUUAAGAAUCAAGGUAAUAAAAACCGUACUAUUUCCGUUUUGUGACCAAUUUUACUGGUAAAAAAAAAUCAAUCAACGAUUUAGAAUAAUAAUUAUAUAAUUACACAACUGAUAUUUGAAAGGUGGUUGGGUUGUAUUUCUUUCAAAUUCACAUUUGACUUACUUCAAAUGUCAAAUUAACAAUGGUUUAAGUUAUAUUUACAAAUUGAUUAGGCAUUCUCCAAACAAAAGAUCUGUCGUUGGUGGGAAGGGAUGAAAAAACUAUUAAUCAAACUA